ACAAGAGAAAAGAGAGGGACGGCUGGCAGCAGUUUCCGUUUCAGUUCGCCUCUUCUCCAAUAAAGCAGCCGCCCCAGCACUCACGAACUCCUGGAAUCAUCCGGAGCCGCAUCCCGCCGCCGCCGCCGUGCACCCGCCUACCGGCGGCGACCCGUCGAUCGGGAGUGAGUGAGGCAGAGAGGGCGCGAGAUCGAGGCGUGGGAGAUGGACCCGUACGACGUCGAGAUGGAGGCCGCGGAGGGGGAGCCGAUGGCCGAGCAGGCUCCGCCGCCGGCUGCUGCGGCGGCGGCGGCGGCGAGAGGGGAUGGGUGGAGCAUGCUGUCCCGCGCCCGAGUCCUGCUCGAGGAGGGCAAGCCGUCGCUCGCGCUGCAGGCGAUUCUCUUGGCCAUAAGAUCCCAAGGUGGUGAACAGGCUCUCAUGCAGACGCUGAACCGUGCACGGGAACUCUACAGGCAAAGAUCACAGCCCAGCCCUAGUGUUGAUGAUCUCGCUUCUUUGCUUGCACAAUGUGCUAUAGCAGAGUCGCAGUCAACAAACACUAAUCCUCAACAAGUACCUGGCUCUGACCCUGUCAUGAUGCUGGAUUCUGAUGAAGUCUGCAUACUUGCUGAGAGUGGAAGGAAGCAGAUAAUUUUAGAUGCUUUUGCUGACGGCAGCAGCUUCAUUUGCUUGAAAUGUGGUGGGCUGUUUAGCACCUCGCGCAAAGAUGAGCACCUGGCCUACUGGUGCGGGACUGCAUGAUCCUGGCGAUGCCCAUAAUUAUACCUGUGGCCACCCCAGUCAAUGAUCAUGGUACCCGUGAGAUUUUGAUCUUCUGUUACACCGAGGCAAGAGCAUUGCCAAUGUUGGACAUUGUGUGGAUAAAGCUUGCCAUAUCCCUGUAAUCUGUUCAUCCUGUACUUUUUUGCUGGUGAAGUGGAAAAAAAUCUCUAUAUGUUUGCCUGUUUGCCA